AUGCAGCUCUCUCUAGCUCUAUGUCUUGUGUGCUUGCUGGUGCAUGCAGCCUUCCGUGUGGUGGAGGGGCAAGGGUGGCAGGCCUUUAAGAACGAUGCCACGGAAAUCAUCCCGGAGCUGGGCGAGUAUCUGGAGCCCCUGUCGGAGCCUGAGAACAACAAGACCAUGAACCGGGCAGAGAACGGAGGGCGGCCUCCCCACCAUCCCUUUGAGACCAAAGACGCGUCGGAGUACAGCUGUCGCGAGCUCCACAUCACCCGCUAUGUGACGGACGGACGGUGCCGCAGCGCCAAGCCGGUGACUGAGCUGGUGUGCUCCGGCCAGUGCGGCCCCGCGCGCCUGCUGCCCAACGCCAUCGGGCGCGGCAAGUGGUGGCGCCCAAGUGGGCCUGACUUCCGCUGCAUCCCCGACCGCUACCGCGCGCAGCGCCUGCAGCUGCUUUGUCCCGGCGGCGCAGCGCCGCGCGCGCGCAAGGUGCGCCUAGUGGCCUCGUGCAAAUGCAAGCGCCUCUCUCGCUUCCACAACCAAUCAGAGCUCAAGGACUUCGGGCCCGAGGCGGCGCGGCCGCAAAAAGGCCGCAAACCACGGCCCCGCAGCAGGGGCGCCAAAGCCAACCAGGCGGAGCUGGAGAACGCCUAUUAG